UUCCAGAUAAGGCACAUUACAAAGCCUCGUGCUGAAUGUGUGAUAAUAGCUCGUCAGGUAUCGAGGGUCAUCGAGAUAAGGCACCUAUAUACACGUACGAGUGUCCCGACAAAAAAAAACUUGUGUCCUGCAAUCUGGUUUCAGUAAAGGGACGGUUCACCGACGUAGCUCUUUCUGAAAAAAACGAGAAAAUGUCCCCAAAGUACAAGGUGACAUACUUCAAAGCGAAGGGCAGGGCAGAGCCCAUCAGAGUGUUGCUGGCGUACGGCAAGCAAGAGUUCGAAGACAAUUUUAUUGAUAGAGAGAAAUGGCCACAAAUUAAACCAACCACGCCAUUUGGAAAAGUUCCUGUUCUCGAAGUUGAUGGGAAAGUACUUCAUCAGUCCGCAUCCAUAUGUCGCUACCUGGCGAAGAAAUUUGGGCUAGCGGGAAGCAGCGAUGAAGAAUCUCUACAGAUUGACAUGAUCGUAGACACAAUUGAAGACGUUGGAACCGCACUGAGGAAGGACAUGAAUCCUCAGCAAAGUGAGGAAGAGAAAGCAGCCGCGAGGAAGAAGGCAAUGAAAGACGUAGUUCCUUACUACAUGACCAAGUUCGAGGAGAUUGUCAAAGCUAAUGGAGGCUACUUCGUCAAUGGGAAAUUGUCGUGGGCAGACAUCAUCUUUGCGUGCAGCGUCGGGGGCUUGAGCCAGAUGAUGGGGCUGUCUGGGUUGUUGGAUCCGUACCCUGGUCUGGCGUCGCUCCAGAAGAAGGUGUUUGACGAGCCCAACAUCAAGGCGUGGCUGAACAAGCGAGCGCCCCUCUAACACCGCCUUCUUCCAGGACUCCCGGCGGGGCUGCGCAAGUUUCAACAUUCCGUCUUCACACGUGUUUUGUUUCCACCACGUGUGCAAGUUUGAAUGGGAAUGUGCACUGUGCAUGUUAGUGUCAGAGUGCACGGUGCAAUAAUUGCUAACUAGGUUAAACUUAAACACAAAGUAUCUACGUUAGUCAACACUACUACACUUGUAUAAUUUUAUUUUGCUAUGUUUGAUCAACUACAAUUUUACCUGCAAAUGGGUAUUUUUAUACUUUGUGUACAUAUUGUGUCAAAUAAAUUAGUUAUUUCUCACA